AUGGAUUGUAUAGCAAUGAAAUGGGGAGGUGGCAAUGCUGUUCAGAUUGUGCAACGAUACCACUUUGCAUCUCAUUUGAAAAGAAUGUCAGUUGUCGUCCGUGUUGAGGAGCAGUUCUUUGCUUUUGUGAAGGGUGCACCGGAAACCAUUCAGGAAAGACUUAUUGACAUACCUUCAUCAUAUGUCCAAAUUUACAAGAAAUACACACGUCAAGGAUCUCGUGUUCUGGCCUUGGCUUUCAAGUCCCUUCCCGAAAUGACAGUUAGUGAAGCUAGAAGCAUGGACAGAGAAAUGGUGGAGAGUGGGCUUACAUUUGCUGGUUUUGCGGUGUUUAAUUGCCCUAUUAGAGGCGACUCGGCCAAUGUGUUGUCCGAACUUAAAGGAUCAUCACAUGACUUGGUGAUGAUAACAGGUGAUCAAGCUUUGACGGCUUGCCAUGUUGCUGGUCAAGUUCAUAUUGUUUCAAAACCUGUGCUGAUUCUUAGCCCGGCAAAGAAUAGAGAAGGAUACGAGUGGGUUUCACCAGAUGAGACUCAGAUUAUUAGCUAUAGUGACAAAGAUGUUGAGGCUUUAGCAGAAGCUCAUGAUCUCUGUGUAGGAGGUGACUGCAUUGCUAUGUUGCAGCAGACUUCAGCUGUUCUUAAAGUCAUUCCAUAUGUGAAGGUUUUCGCAAGGGUUGCUCCUGAACAAAAAGAGCUCAUCAUGACCACUUUUAAGGCAGUAGGUAGGAUGACACUUAUGUGCGGUGAUGGAACUAAUGAUGUUGGAGCUUUGAAGCAGGCUCACGCAGGAGUAGCUCUGCUGAAUGCAAUGCCUCCUACUCGAGGUGAAAAAUCUUCAUCCGAAUCAUCAUCUAAGAAUGAAACUGCAAAACCUGCUAAAUUAAAGAAACUCAAGCACACAAAAGAAGCAGGGAAAGCCCUUGAUAUAAAUGGAGAAGAGCCUUCAAAGAGCAGAGCUCUUGCAAGGUCAGAAUCAACUAGCCACACAGCUAGUAAUCGCCGUCUGACAGCUGCAGAGAUGCAACAGCAGAAGCUGAGAAAGCUUAUGGAUGAGCUAAACGAGGAGGGUGAUGGUCGCUCAGCUCCCAUUGUUAAGCUCGGGGACGCCUCAAUGGCAUCACCAUUCACGGCAAAGCAUGCAUCAGUUGCCCCUACCAUUGACAUAAUUCGUCAGGGUCGUAGUACUCUGGUGACUACUCUCCAAAUGUUCAAGAUACUUGGACUUAACUGUCUUGCAACCGCCUACGUCCUGAGUGUGAUGUACUUGGAUGGUGUCAAAUUGGGUGAUGUUCAAGCUACAAUCAGUGGGGUUUUUACCGCUGCCUUCUUUCUAUUUAUCUCACAUGCUCGCCCUCUCCCUACACUUUCGGCUGAACGGCCCCAUCCCAAUAUUUUCUGCUCCUAUGUCUUCCUCUCUCUCCUGGGACAGUUUGCCCUCCACCUUUUUUUCUUGGUUUCUUCUGUGAGAGAGGCUGAGAAAUACAUGCCAGAUGAAUGUAUUGAGCCAGACUCUCAUUUCCACCCAAACCUGGUUAACACAGUUUCUUACAUGGUGAACAUGAUGAUCCAGGUGGCUACUUUUGCUGUGAACUACAUGGGCCAUCCUUUCAAUCAGAGCAUCUUAGAAAACAAACCAUUUUUGUAUGCCCUGUCGGCAGCCAUUGGUUUCUUCACGGUUGUCACCUCUGAUUUAUUCAGGGACUUGAAUGACUGGUUAAAGUUGGUCCCUUUGCCGACAGCUUUGAGAGACAAGCUCAUGCUUUGGGCAUUUCUAAUGUUCCUGGGCUGCUACCUGUGGGAAAGGUCCUUGAGAUGGGUUUUUCCCGGUAAGAUGCCAGAUUGGAAGAAGCAGCAACAGCUGGCUGCAACCAACCUAGAAAAGAAGAAGCGUAUCUGA